AUGCCCGUUGCCAUCGUAACCGGAUCCUCUCAAGGCAUUGGGCGAGCCAUAGCCCUUCGCCUCGCAGACGAUGGAAACGAUAUCGUCAUCAACGACAUGGAGAGCCAAAGGGAAAACCUCAACACUCUGGCCACCGAGAUUGAGCAGAAGAAGCGACGCGCGCUGAUCGUGGUAGGAGACGUGAGCCGCGAACAAGACGUUGACCAUUUACUCGAGCAAACCAUUUCCACGUUUGGCGAGCUCAACAUCAUGAUUGCCAACGCCGGCAUCAUCGUGAUGAAGGACCUACAAAGCAUCACGGUGGAAGAGUUUGACCGCGUCCAGGCCGUCAACGUGCGCGGGGUAUUUCUGUGUUACCAAAAGGCCGCCAAGCAGAUGAUCAAGCAAGGCAAGGGCGGUCGCAUCGUAGGCGCUUGCUCGAUCUCGGGCUAUCGUCCGGAGCCCUCGGCCCUGGCGUACGGGGUGAGCAAGUGGGCUGUGCGCGGUCUGACGCAGGCGUCCGCCAUCGAGCUCGGGCCGCACGGGAUCAACGUCAACGCGUACUGUCCUGGAAUGGUCAAGACGAGCAUGUGGGACCAGAUCGAUGAGUCUAUCACCGACAAGUACGGGGUGCCCAGAGGCACGGCGUGGCAGCGGGGUGUGCAGGAGAGGCCCGCGAUGAAGAAGCCCUCGACGCCCGAGGACAUUGCUGGCUGCGUGAGCUUUCUCGUGGGCAAGGAUUCGCACCUGAUUACUGGUCAAAGCGUGAUCAUUGACGGUGGAAUCCACUUUUCGUAG